UUUUUUAUGAAGAAAUUAAAGUUACUGCUGAUAAUCAAGAUACGUUAUUGAAGCAACAAGAACAAGAAAUUGAUUCAUUGGUGAUAGAUUUAAUAUCUCAAGAUAUAGAUUUAAAUGUAAAAAGCCAGUUGAACAUAUAUUUGAACCUCAAUAGUUCAUAUAUUAUAACUGAAAAAAAACUUGAAAAUUCUGAAAUUAUUAAGAUAGUUUUGGAUAAAAAAAAUCAACUUGAAAAUGGAAACCCUAAUGAUUUAAAUAAAGAUGAACCAGAAAUUGCUAUGUUAAAGAGAUUAAUAAAAUUAAAAAAGAUCAUUAGCUUUUUUGAACAACAAACUGAUAUGGAUUUCAAAGCAGAAGAUCUUAAAAUUUUUCAAAAAUAUUUAACUUUAGUAAACCAAAAAUAUAUUGAAUCUAAAUACCAAAUAUUUAUUGAUGAUUUUUUUAUACUUUUAAACAAUAAUGUUACAUAG